AUGACUUUCAACAAAGCUGCACUUCUCGCGGCCGUUACGCUUGCCAGCGGCGUCUACGCCAUCCCAACCGUGAGCUUGAGCGGUGGCGCACCCUGCGACAUCUACGCCUCGGGCGGCACGCCGUGCGUUGCCGCACACAGCACUACGCGUGCGCUCUACUCGGCCUACACCGGCCCGCUGUACUCGGUCAUCCGUGCCUCGGACAACUCGGUGCGCGACAUCACCCCGCUCUUCGCUGGCGGUGUUGCCGACGCUGCCUCGCAAGACAACUUCUGCGGCGACACCACCUGCCACAUCCAGGAGAUCUUCGACCAGUCCGGACGCGGCAACCACCUGACGCUCGCUCCCGACGGCGGUGCGGCCGGCGGCGACUACCUGGCGACGGCCACUGCGGCUCCGAUCACCCUCAACGGCCAAAAGGCGUACGGUGUCUUCGUCUCACCCGGUGUCGGCUACCGCAACGACAACACCAAUGGCAUCGCUACGGGCAACGACGCUGAAGGUAUCUACGCAGUCUUCGACGGCACACACUACAACUCGGGCUGCUGCUUCGACUACGGCAACGCUGAAACCAACAACCUCGACACGGGAGCAGGCAAAAUGGAAGCCAUCUACUUUGGCGAUAGCACCUACUGGGGCUCUGGUGCAGGAAACGGGCCGUGGGUGAUGGCAGAUAUGGAAGACGGCCUUUUCUCCGGUUACGACCCUAAGCAGAACACCAACGAUCCCAGUGUUACCUCUCGUUUCCUUACCGCCGUGGUCAAGGGAGACUCGAGCAACCUCUGGGCGAUCAGGGCCGGAGAUUCGCAGUCCGGUGGGUUGACCACCCACUACAGUGGGCAGAGACCGAACGGGUACUACCCCAUGAAGAAGGAGGGUGCUAUUAUCCUGGGCAUUGGCGGAGACAACUCCAACUUCGGACAGGGAACGUUCUACGAGGGAGUCCUUACCUCUGGCUAUCCCGCCGACGAAACCGAGGAUGCUGUUCAGGCAAACAUCGUGGCUGCUGGGUACAGCGCUUGA